AUGAGCACUACCACUUCCAAGUCUAAAGUGGACGCCACUAAGAAAAGCAAGGCGUCGUCGAGCGCGAAAAAUGCCAGCUCGAGCGGUGGCGGCGGUGGGGUCACGAACCUAGGGCCUUCGUUUGACCCCUUCGACACUUCCGACCCCUUUGGCGGACCCUCUGGGCCCGGGACGCCCUCCCUCGAGUCGAGCGUUGGUAGCAAGUCGGACAAGAUCCAUAUCCGUCUCCAGCAGCGAAAUGGCCGAAAAACGCUCACGACCGUCCAGGGCCUGCCGGAGAAGUAUGACCCCAAGAAGCUCCUCAAGGCCAUGAAGAAGGAAUUCGCGUGCAACGGCACGGUCGUCUCCUCGGCCGACUCAGAGGACGAGGACGACGCGGCGGCCGCUGGGGGCGAGGGCGAGACGGCGCAGUCGGCGGCGGCGUCCGCCAAGCCCAAGAGCGGCGCGGCGGGCAAGGCGGAUUUCGGACAGGUGUUGCAGUUCCAGGGGGACCAGAGGGUGGGCGUCAAGGAGUUCUUGGUCAAGGCCGGGCUGUACUCGGAGAAGGAGGCCAAGGAUAAGAUCGUCAUCCACGGUUACUAG